UUGUGGCUGUUGCUUUUGUUUUUGUUACAAAACAUUUUUGUGAUUUUUGUGUUAUUUGAAACAAAAAAUGAUAAAAACCCUAAACAGAAAUUAAUCAAAACGAGACACAAUGUCCACGCCACUGGAACAGCAAACGGAUGAGCGGGAGGCCUUGCAGUCGAUUUACGAGGGCGACACAAACUUUAAGGAAAUUGACAGCGUCACAUUUCAGUACAAAUAUGGCGAAGAGGACAGCUACAAGUCUUUUCUGGUGGAGUUGAAAUGGGGCGAAAACUAUCCAGAUGAGGCGCCAACGAUCAACAUGAAUACAUUUUACAAUAGGAAUCUACUUCCUGCUGUCAAGGAGGAAAUCCAAAAUGCCCUCAAUGCGGAAGCUACUCAGUGGUUGGGCUGUGGCAUGACAUACACCCUUUUCGAAUCCCUGAAGGACAACCUGGAGCAACUGACCGCCGCCCAGCCUAAAUCCGCACCCACUAUAGCAUCCGUAGACGAUGGCGUAGGUGCUCUGAAGAUAUCCGAUCCCGACUCAGAUGCUAAAAAAAAGGAGCCCAAGAAGGAGCACCUGACCAAGGCGCAAAAGCGCCGGCAGUGGGAGCGAACCGAUCACAAAGGAGACCGGGAACGUGGUUGGGAUUGGGUAGACCUUGUCAAGCAUUUAUCGCAGACGGGUGGAAAGAACGAUGAUGGUCAGACUGCCGCCGAAAUCGCAGCGUCCAACGCUCCAGCUCUGCAUCCCCUGAACAACUAACAACCCUAAACACAUGUGUGGAGAAAACAACAACGAGAAAGCUUCAAAUCGAAAUCAAAAGCCAAUACUAUUUUUAAUGUGAUCAGAUAAUGGCGAAUUAGCGCAAGCGAGUCUAUCAUUAAAACCAGAAUUAUGUUUACUAGCUAUUAAAAGGUUACAACUUUUGACUGACUUGUGCUCUAAUUGUGUCUCCAUGUGUAACUGGGAGCAGGGAAUUUCCCAAUGAAUAAGUCGUUCGUCAAGUCACUCUUAACGAUUGAAAAUAUACGUGGCUCCAGCUUA